AUGGGCACAUUUAGUGAAACAGAAAGACGAAUUCUGACUUACUGGCAAAGCAUUAAGGCUUUUGAAACUGCAAUGCAACUUAGUGAGGGCAAAGAUGAGUUUUCCUUUUAUGACGGUCCUCCUUUUGCAACGGGAUUACCACAUUAUGGACAUAUUUUAUCAGGAACAAUUAAGGAUACGGUUACGAGAUUCUUCUAUCAACAAGGACAUCAUGUUGUUCGGCGUUUUGGCUGGGAUUGUCAUGGAUUGCCAAUUGAGUACGAAAUAGACAAGAUGUACGGUAUCAAGACAACUCAAGAUGUAGAACGAGUAGGAGUAGCUGCCUACAACGGAUACUGUCGCAGUAUUGUGACUAAGUACACGCAAGAAUGGGAGGAAACAGUUAAUCGAAUGGGUCGCUGGAUUGAUUUCCAGAAUGGCUACAAAACCAUGGACUUUAGCUUUAUGGAGAGUGUUUGGUCCGUCUUUAAAGAACUGCACAGUAAAGGACUUGUUUACAAAGGAUACCGAGUUAUGCCGUACUCAACGGCCUGUCGAACACCAAUGAGUAAUUUUGAAGCCAAUCAAAACUACAAGGAAGCCACUGAUUUAGCCGCAACCGUUCGUUUAGAACUCUUAGCGCCUUUAAAAGUAGGCGAACAGACCUUUGCGCAAACAAGUUUACUAAUCUGGACAACAACCCCUUGGACUCUACCUAGUAAUUUAGCUGCACUAGUUAAUCCUGAGAUGGACUAUGCUGUGAUUGCUGAUAAAGAAGAAGGCACGUAUGGAGUUGUUGGUCUAUUUUCAGUUGGUAAACGACCGAUCUUGGCCCAGCUGAAGGGACAAGACUUAUUAGGCCUAGAGUACUCGCCGCCUUUUGCUUUCUUUGAGACUUUACGGACUAGUGGCUUCUUUAAGGUCUAUGGAGCAAGUUAUGUGGCCGAAGGAGCAGGUACUGGAGUUGUUCAUUGUGCACCAGGUUUUGGAGAAGAAGACUAUAUGGCCUUAGUGGCCGCUGGACUACUAACUGAGAACCAAGAAGUACCCUGCCCAAUUAAUGAUGCCGGUCUCUUUACUGCUGAAAUAGAACCAUAUGCCGGACAGUACGUCAAGGACACGGACUCGCAAAUCAUUAAGGACCUCAAGGCCAAGGGCCGUCUCUAUGCCUCGGGCUCUAUUGUUCACUCGUACCCGUUCUGCUGGCGCUCAGACACACCUCUUAUUUACCGAGCUAUUCCUAGCUGGUUUGUCCGGGUUAAACAGCAUACGGACGAGUUAGUGAAAGAGAACCAGCGCAUUAACUGGGCACCAGCUGCCGUAGGCACGGGCAAGUUUGGUCUAUGGCUAGCCCAUGCUCGCGACUGGUCUAUUUCUAGGAAUAGGUACUGGGGUACUCCCAUUCCAAUCUGGGUGCGCACUGAUGUAGCCGAUCCUAAACCAGAGGAUUAUCUCUGCAUUGGAUCUGCUGCUGAGUUAGAGUCUUUAUCUGGCACCAAAGUAACCGACUUGCAUAAGGAUAAGGUUGAUGAAAUCAUUAUUAGUCAUAACGGCCACCAGUACAAACGGACUCCAGAAGUACUUGACUGCUGGUUUGAAAGCGGCUCGGUGCCUUAUGCCCAAAUCCACUACCCCUUUGAGAACAAGGAGCGGUUUGAAAAGACUUUCCCGGCCGACUUUAUUGCCGAAGGCCUAGACCAGACGCGUGGCUGGUUUUACACCCUGCACGUUUUAGCCGUCCUACUACACCGUCGACCGGCCUUCAAGAACGUCAUGGUAACCGGACUAGUCCUAGCCGCCGAUGGUAAGAAAAUGAGCAAGCGACUCAAGAACUACCCAGAUCCUUCCCAAGUUAUGGACACACAUGGCGCCGAUGCCAUGCGACUUUACAUGAUCUCUUCACCAGUAGUUAAAGCCGAAAAUCUACGCUUCACGGAACAAGGCGUGGCCGGGAUGUUGCGCGAUCUACUAAUUCCCUGGGAGAACUGUCUGCGCUUCUUGCUUACAACCGGCGGCUCAGUCAGUACCAGCACGGGCUGCGAAAUAGAAGAUAUUGCACUGGAAGUGGCAGGUAUUUCCAUUAGUGAGCAGGAAGACGGACUUCUUCUAGACCUAUGGAUUGUCAAAGAGCUUAAAGAGUUUGCUCAGUUUAUUGAAGCUGAAGGCAGAGCUUAUCGCGUCCAGGGCAUAGUUGCAAGAGCAGUUGCUUUCUUAGGCGAUCUUAGCCGAUGGUACAUUCGAUUAAGUCGUGAACGACUGCGAGGCACCGAAAUGCCCGUGCUGGCUUUUGUUUUACGUAUCUUCUCUGUCUUUAUGGCUCCAUUUGCUCCAUUCUUCAGUGAGCGUUGCUUCUUGGCCCUCGUUAAACCCGGAACAGUUGACGAUCUACCCCAACUACCCCCCACCAAUUCUUCUUCACUUACUGCCAACCCGUCGGUGCACUUUAUCAUGCACCAAGACGCCCAGCAUGAAAUUACCGAAAUGAUCAAAACUUUGGCCAAGCGAAUGUCCAAGGGAGCAGAUACUGUUCUGGAAGAUCUUCGCGAAGUCAAGAGUGUUGUUGAAGCCGUCCGAAUCAUCCGAGAAAAGAACGGACUCUCUCUCAAAAUGCCUAUCUGUGAAGUUUCAGUAGUCGGCUCUACCCACUCAACCGUCCUAGCUAAUGUUCUAGCCAAAGAAUGCAAUGCCAUGUCCGUGUGUUUCCGCAACCUUUCUGACUAUACUUGGGAUGAAAGUAUCACGCCUGAUUUCAAGCGCAUCGGUGCUCUUCAUACGGGUAAAGAGGUCCAGCAAAGAGCUUCUCUUAUCCGGGCCAACCACCAAGAUACCAAGACUAUUUCUCAACUCAUGACAACCGGCAAAGUCGAGCUUUCAGGCCUCACUAUCACUCGAGAAGAAGUCAUCUAUCGCCGCGAAGCCAAAGGUCUUCCCGCCAACAUUGAAGGUCUAGCAGCAUCGGACACAGUCUAUGCCCUGGUUGACAAGACUCAAAACGAAGCCACCAAAGAUCUCUGGAUCCGCCGAGAAAUCAAGAGUGCCGUGCAAAAGCUCCGCAAACGAGCCGGUCUCCAAAUUUCCGACCUCGCUACUCUCUUCGUCCAAGGCACCGAUCCAGCCAUGGUCACUUGCGACCCAAACACCCAACUUACCAGCACUCAACUUGAAGGCACCACCGAAACUCUUGAAAUCGCCGGGCAAACCAUCAAGCUAACUCUUGCCACCCACAAGGACUAA